GAAAAAAUGAAUUAAAAAGUACUCAUAUGUAAAUGAGUAGCUAGUAAAGUCAAAUCUUUACCCCCAAAAUUAUGAUGCUACGGAGAAAUUAAUCAAAAGUAGUGCUAUAUUUGUCUAGCUAGGUACGUGGCUAGCUAGACAUAAUCUCGUUUCAGUUAAAUCAGCGGAUCACGAUGAUCGUGUAUCCUGCGGGUCGGUUAAAUAGUAAAGCAGAGUGUGCGGGAGCAGAGGACAUUCAUCCUGCAAGAAUGUCGACUGGGCCUCUGCAGAUCAAGCAAGAUGACAAGUUCUUCUCGCGUCUUAUGUCCAAGGAGGCCUCGGCGGCAAAUUCCUCUGCCAGAGUUUACUACGGAGGAGCCCGCGGUGCUGUUCCAUUCGUUUGGGAGUUGCAGCCCGGCACCCCUAAGCAUCCUUCCGCCGACACCACUCUCCCUCCACUCACUCCGCCUCCUUCUUACUACAGCAACUCAAAAUUAUCAAUGCAUGAGAAGAACAGGCGAGCGAAUGCCAAGGCGGCGAGGAAUUUCAUCAGCUAUAUCUUUCCCAAGAGAAAAAAGCACGAGGAGCCAUCGUGGUCGUCAUCGACGUGCGGCUGGCCGUUAGCAUCGUCCAUGAAUAGCAAGUUUCAGAAUAAACAUGGCUACCCUCCAGUUUGUACAAGGGCAUCCGUAGACGCUGUUUGUGGAAUGGAUGAGGAGCAGGAAGAAGGAUACAGAUUAAUGUCGCCUACUUCAACGCUGCGGUGUUUUGGGGCAAAAGUAAUUAAAUGUAGGAGUCUGAAAAAUGGGUUUCCAAGCUGCUACUCCAAGUCCUAGGUGAACAUGAAGAACGCAUUGAUGUCCCUUAUUGGCCGGUGACGGUGAGGUACAGACUAGACAAUACAUUUAUAUUUAUCUAAAUUUUCAUUGAAGUACUAUAAAUAGUAGUAAGGUGCAUGGUAGUUUUAUUUAUUUUUGUUUUUCUUUCGUCUCAUCCGUCUAUAUAUAUCAUUAUUGUAUCCGAAUAGAUGUUAAAAAUGUCU